AUGGAAGGCUUAGGUUUCUCAGAAGGUGUUCACGUCACUUCAGAGGAAGAAAAUGCCUUCAGAAGACUGGCUGCAAUGCCAGAUUGUUACGAGAAAUUGUCCAAUAGCAUAGCUCCUUUCAUUUUUGGGUCAACGGACAUCACGAAAGCAGUGACGUGCUUACUAUUUGGAGAACCAACAGAGAAUAUAUGGAAAAAAUGUGCUGAAGAAUUUGAAAAUAGAUGCGGAUUUCCCAAUUGCAUUGGCAGCGUGGACGGUAAACAUGUAACAAUCAAGAGACCCAACAACAGUGGCUCCAAUUACUGGUGCUAUUUACAUAAAUAUUCAAUAGUACUUAUGGCCAUUGUUGGCCCGGACUAUAAACUUAUAAGUGUUGAUAUUGGUGGUUUCGGAAAAAAUAGUAAUGGGGGUAUUUUCGAAACCUCAAACAUGGGAAAACGAUUUGAACAAAAUUUAAUGAGUGUCCCUGCACCUAGAUUUUUCCCUGGGCAAAAUGAAAUCUGCUCGUACGUCUUAAUUGGCGAUGAAGCAUUUGCUUUAAAACCAUACCUUAUGAGACCAUUUCCUUAUAAGCAGACUUUAACAGACGUCAGAAAAGAGAAAUACAAUGUAAGACUUUGUCGAGCUAGAAGGUUCGUGGAAAAUGCGUUUGGUAUUUUGUCUCAAAAAUGGCGAAUAUUUUACAGGCCAUUAGAAACUAAAGUAGAUACUACUAUUCUAAUUGUACGUACGGCAUGUGUUUUACACAAUUUUUUACGAAGUAAAAGUGGCGAUGACAAAUAUUUUCAAUUCUUAGAUCCCCCAGAACCCGUGCUUGGAGCUUUUACUGAUAUAGCAAAUGAUCCUCUGCGGGCAGCAAGGCUAGCAUUUUCUACUCGUGACAAAUUCGUAAAUUAUUUUAAUUCUGAUAUGCCUAUACCCAAUAUAUAG